CUCUCUCUCGAUUGAUCUGCGAAGAUGAAUCCCGAAAUCCAGGUUCCAUGCGACGCCGAUGGUUCGUGCAUGAGGUGCAAGUCGCUGAUUCCACCGGAGGAAUGUCUCAACUGCAGCAUGUGCGCUACGCCGUGGCACGUGGCUUGUCUCCGAUCACCUCCCGAAACCCUAGCUCUUACUCAGUCGUGGGAGUGCCCUGACUGCUGCGGCGUUAUGGAUCUCGUUCCCGUCUCCGGAUUGAAGCCUGACGGUGAGGGUUCGUCUCUCGUUGCAGCGAUCCGCGCGAUUCAGGCCGAUGAGUCACUCACCGAGGCUCAGAAAGCUAAGAAGAGGCAGCAGCUUCUGAGCGGCAAAGCCGAUGAGGAGGACGAUGACGAUGACGAUGAGAAAAUCGCUGAUGGUGAUGAUGUUUUGGCCGCGAUUCGCAUCAAUAUGAACUGUACCAUCUGCAAAGACUUGCUUGAAAGGCCUGUCACGACUCCGUGUGGUCAUAAUAUCUGCUUGAAGUGUUUUGAGAAAUGGCUUCGUGAUAGGAACGUAACUUGUCCGGAUUGCCGUUUCGCGAUCCCUAGAAAGAUAAGAACUAACCCCAGGAUCAACUCUGCGCUUGUGGCGGCCAUACGAUUGGCCAAAGUUUCCAAAACUGCUUCUGUGGCCAGCACAAGGGUUUAUCAUCAUAUAAGCAACCAAGACCGACCUGAGAAAGCAUUCACGACUGACCGGGCCAAGAAAACUGGCAAGGCUAAUGCUUGUAGUGGCAGGAUCUACGUGACAAUACCACCGGACCACUUUGGUCCAAUUCCAGCUGAGAACGAUCCAGUCAGAAACCAAGGUGUUCUGGUUGGAGAAACUUGGGAGGAUAGACAAGAGUGCAAGCAGUGGGGAGCUCAUAACCCACAUGUCUCUGGUAUUGCUGGGCAAUCAGAUUAUGGAGCUCAGUCGGUGUGUCUCUCUGGUGGUUACAAGGAUGAUGAAGACCACGGCGAAUGGUUUCUCUACACAGGAAGUGGAGGGAGAGAUUUAAGUGGAAACAAGAGGACGAACAAGAAACAGUCCUUUGACCAGGAGUUUACUAAGUUUAAUGAAGCACUACGACUCAGCUGCAAACAGGGCUAUCCUGUGCGAGUUGUCAGGUCUGACAAGGAGAAACGUUCUGCAUAUGCCCCUGCUCAAAAAGGAGUGAGAUAUGAUGGGGUCUACAGGAUUGAGAAGUGCUGGCGAAAAAUCGGAAUACAGGGCUCUUUUAAGGUCUGUCGUUACCUCUUUGUGAGAUGCGACAACGAGCCGGCGCCUUGGACAAGUGAUGAGCAUGGUGAUCGCCCCAGACCUUUGCCUCAUAUUCCAGAGCUUGAGAAUGCCACUGAUCUCUUCGUGAGAAAGGAAAGCCCAUCAUGGGAUUUUGAUGAGGCUGAUGGUCGUUGGAAGUGGGUGAAGUCUCCACCAGCUAGCAGAAAGGCAGUUAAUUCUUUGGAUCCUGCAGAGAGGAAGAUCAUGAAGGGAGCCAUAAGGGCUGCAAGAAACAAGACUACCAGGGAGAAACUUCUGAAAGAAUUCAGCUGCCUAAUCUGCCGGAAACUGAUGAAUCUUCCUGUGACAACUCCUUGCGCUCACAACUUCUGCAAGGCAUGCUUGACUGCUAAAUUUGCUGGGAUAUCUCAACUGAGGGAGAGGAGCAGUGGUGGUCGCACACUCCGUGCACAGAAGAACGUUAUGAACUGUCCUUCUUGCCCAACCGACAUUUCCGACUUUCUCCAGAACCCAGAGGUGAACAGAGAGCUGGCGAGUGUGAUAGAGAAUCUGAACAAGAAAGUGGAGGAGGAGCCUGUAGCUGAGAAGGAAGAAAGCGGAGAAAGUUCUGGAGGAGGAAACACAGAGUCUGAAGAAGAAGAAGAAGAAACUCAGAUUGAAGAUGAGCCACCAACUAAAAAGAUGAAGCUGGACACAGAAGCAGUUGCACCCAUGAAGUUGGACACAGAAGCAGUUGCACCCAUGAAGCUGGACACAGAAGCAAUUGCACCCAUGAAGCUGGACACAGAAGCAGUCGCACCCAUGAAGCUGGACACAGAAGCAGUCGCACCCAUUGCGACUGUGUGUAAUUAAGGUCUUUUAUGCAAAUCAGUUAAUAAUACAAGAGUCCUUUCUUAUUACAGUAACUCUUAAAAGGAACUCUCUUUUGUGGUUGUAAUAUUUCGUACGCAAAAACAGU